AUCCGAUAAUUUUGCAGUUGCUGAUUUUAUUCGGCCUGUGCUAGACGUGCGUUUUGGUUAAAAUGACGACUUUAUCACCCAGACAGGCUCAAAGGGAACAUGUUUUGGCGGUAUCCCGUGACUUCGUGUCCCAGCCCAGAUUAACUUACAAGACAGUUUCUGGGGUAAACGGGCCUUUGGUAAUUUUGGAAGACGUAAAAUUCCCUAAAUUCUACGAAAUCGUGCAACUGAAGUUGGCUGAUGGCAGCAUUCGUUCGGGACAAGUUUUAGAAGUAAGCGGUUCCAAAGCCGUAGUACAAGUGUUUGAAGGUACAUCUGGAAUUGAUGCCAAGCACACGGUAUGCGAGUUUACCGGAGAUAUUUUGCGUACCUCCGUGUCAGAAGACAUGUUGGGACGUGUUUUCAAUGGAUCUGGAAAACCCAUUGACAAAGGACCCCCAAUCUUGGCGGAGGACUUCUUGGACAUCCAAGGUCAGCCCAUCAACCCGUGGUCGCGUAUCUACCCCGAGGAGAUGAUCCAGACCGGCAUCACGGCCAUCGACGUGAUGAACUCGAUCGCUCGCGGCCAAAAGAUCCCCAUCUUCUCCGCCGCCGGCUUACCGCACAACGAGAUCGCCGCGCAGAUCUGCCGUCAAGCGGGGCUCGUCAAGGUGCCCGGCAAAUCGGUGCUCGACGACCACGAGGACAACUUCGCCAUCGUUUUCGCCGCCAUGGGAGUCAACAUGGAGACGGCGCGCUUCUUCAAGCAGGACUUCGAGGAGAACGGCUCCAUGGAGAACGUGUGCCUGUUCCUGAACCUGGCCAACGAUCCCACCAUCGAGAGGAUCAUCACGCCGCGUCUGGCGCUCACUGCGGCCGAGUUUCUGGCCUACCAGUGCGAGAAGCACGUCCUGGUCAUCCUCACCGACAUGUCGUCCUACGCCGAGGCUCUGCGUGAGGUAUCUGCCGCUCGUGAAGAGGUGCCCGGUCGUAGGGGUUUCCCCGGUUACAUGUACACCGAUCUGGCCACCAUCUACGAGCGCGCCGGUCGCGUCGAAGGUCGCAACGGCUCGAUCACGCAGAUCCCCAUCCUGACGAUGCCCAACGACGACAUCACCCAUCCGAUUCCCGAUCUGACCGGGUACAUCACCGAAGGGCAGAUCUACGUCGACCGUCAGCUGCACAACAGGCAGAUCUACCCGCCGAUCAACGUGCUGCCGUCUCUGUCGCGUCUCAUGAAGUCCGCCAUCGGCGAGGGAAUGACCCGUAAGGACCACUCCGACGUCUCCAACCAGCUGUACGCUUGCUACGCCAUCGGUAAGGACGUGCAGGCCAUGAAGGCCGUCGUGGGCGAAGAGGCGCUCACGCCCGACGACCUGCUCUACCUCGAGUUCCUCACCAAGUUCGAGAAGAACUUCAUCACGCAAGGGAACUACGAGAACCGCACGGUUUUCGAGUCCUUGGACAUCGGCUGGCAGCUGCUGCGCAUCUUCCCCAAGGAGAUGCUCAAGCGUAUCCCGGCCACCACGCUGGCCGAAUUCUACCCCAGGGAUUCGCGCCACUAGUUUUACUUUUUCGUUAACACUUAGUUGAGUAGAUUUGUUACAAAUUGUCUGUCCACUUGAUUUUAUUGUAUUUUAGAUGAACCUUCCCCCAGCCACACAGUAAAGCCAUACCUUUGUAAAUAGAAGCAAAACAGUUUUUUGGUUUGAAACGUUAGAUUUUAAGAUCAAAACUCUUCAUGUAUAAUUCGCGACAAUAUUGUAAUAUAUACCUAAUUAAACGUAAUAUAUCAUGUUUGUUGAUAUUGAAAAUUAUUGUAGUCUUAUUAAAAAAAUAAUAUAAAAGUGGAAGCAUGAACAUUCCAUUAUUGAUUAUCGUCAUUUUUAUGUUGUACAAAGCGAUACACCCCUACAGCUUUCAGUAUUUUUAUUCUAGUUUCUUAAUUAAAGUAAAUGGUGUUUGGAAUUUUUUCUUCUUCAAUGUAGCAUUCAAAACUUAAAUGUUAUUGUAAAAAAGUAAAUCUAAUGUUAUGUUUUAGAUUAGUGUACAAAAAACUUGUGAAUAAAGAUACAUGUUACAUAG